AAGUCAAAGCAGCUGACAGCAGUCAUCAACAUCCUGAAGAUCUAAAGCUCCACUUUUUGAAACCUCCUGAGAUGAAGACUUUCACCGUUGCAGUUGCAGUGGCCGUCGUGCUCACAAUUGUCUAUUUUCAGGAGGGCUCUGCUCUCCCAGCCAAGAAGGUGAAGGACCUGAUGGAGGCAGUGGCUGACGGCAGUCUGGUUGCUGCUGAGGAAGAGAUGCCAUUGGAUUCAUGGAAGUUUGCUUAUCAAGUCAGGCAGACACAUGGGCGUCCACGCUGCCGUUAUUGCUGCGGCUGCUGCCCAAGCAUGAGACGCUGUGGACUUUGCUGCAGGUCCUGAGAGGUCCUCCAUCAUCCUGGAACUCCUACUUCAGCCACGAGAGACUCCUUUGUUAAAUAUGUUUCCAUUUCACUAUUUGACAAUUUCAUUUGACUUUUGAUGAUAUAUAUCUCUUGAUGUAAUAUCAUUUUAGUAUUUGUGCAUCCAAACUCUCUGAUAAUCAUCAGCUGUUACCAAGAUGUAUUUUCACAAUAAACUUUAUU